AUGGCAGCCCUGCGCCCGCCCGCCCUCCAGCACCUCCUCAGCCACCAAACCCGCGUCCUACGAACCACUGCAUGGCACCAACAACGGCGCUGGGCGCAGGUGCACGACGCGCGGUUCCUAGCGACGACACAACAGCCGCGGCACAUUCUCGAAAAGUACCGUCAAAAACUCGACGAGAAGGCCCGUGCCGAGGGCCACGCUGAUAUCGACUCGCUUAAGGCGGCGUAUUCGGAUAAGAUUAAGGCGCUGCGGAAAGAGACGGAUGCUGUUACUGCGCCGUUGGAUCAGGCUCGGGCUGGGGGGGUGAAGGAGCCGUUGACACCACCGCCAUCACCGGGUUCUAGUAGCCAGCAACCACAACAACAACCACAACCACAACAUCAAGCAACGACAACAACAUCAACAACACCACAACCCCCCACCCCACCCAAAUCCCCCUCCUCCUCCCCAACAGGCGUCAAACCCCUCUCCGCAAUCCUCAACCUCCCCAAAGUCCUCCCCCUCCCCAACACAACUCUCACCAACCUCUGGCGCCAACACCACUCCACCCACCCGCGCUCCCUCUGCGCCGUAAUCCCCGCAAGCACCUACCAAACCAUGGACUCCCUCGCACGCCAACAUCCCCAUUUCGUUUUACCGGUCCCACAUCCGCAGCAGGGCGCAGAGAUUCACUUUUGUCAGUGGACUUGGGAUGUUGAGACGCGGAGCGCGACGGUGUUGUUUACCCAGUUGGCGGAGUAUAAGGUGCGGGGGGAGUUUGCGGUGCCGCAUACGACGGUGACGCAUUAUUUGGAUUUGGUGGGGGGGAGGAGGGUUGUCAAGGAUUUUGUCAAGGAUGAGGGGGAGGGACAGCAGGUGCAAGAGGGGGUAGAGGUGGAGGAGGAAGGGGUGGUGUUGAUGCAGGGGAUGGUGGUGGAGGAUCGCGGGGUGAAAGUGGAGGAUGCGCAGUGGUUGGUUAUGUGUUUGCAGCGGUUUUAUGGGGGGUGGGAUGGGUUGGGGGGUCAGGGGGGACUGGAGAGGGCGGAGGAGAGGAGGAGGUUGUUGGAGUGGUUUGGGAAGGGGGAUGAGAGGUUUAGUGUGGAGAAGUUGUUGGAGCAGGCUGAGAGGAUGGGGUAG